CUGCUGUUACCCUGCGUGUAUAAAAAGACCUUCAUUGUUCCCCACUACAAUCAUCUGCACCUCCACAGAGAGAGAGAGAGAGAGAGAGAGAGAGAGAGAGAGAGUGUUUCAUCCACAGCAACGUCCUCCGAGGCUCACUAAGAGUCUGAAUCAUGUCUGAUGUAGAAGAAGAAUACGAAGAGCAGGCGGAGGAGGCAGAAGAGGAACCAGAGGAGGAAGAAGCCUUCAGACAGGAGGAUGAAGAGCAGCAGGAAUACACGGAUUAUCAAGAAGAAAACCUGGAAGAAGAGGAGGAACGGCCACGUCCCAGGCCGAUGGUUCCUCAACUCGCUCCUCCGAAGAUCCCUGAAGGACAGAAAGUCGACUUCGAUGACAUUCACAGGAAGAGGAUGGAGAAAGACCUGCUGGAGCUACAGACACUGAUUGAGGCUCACUUUGAGCAGAGGAAGAAGGAGGAGGAGGAGCUGAUCGGACUGAAAGAGCGAAUUGAGAGACGGCGCUAUGAGAGAGCCGAGCAGCAGCGUGUCCGAGCCGAGAAAGAGCGAGACCGGCAAACACGCAUCGCUGAGGAACGUCAGCGGAAGGAGGAUGAGGAGGCGAAGAAGAGAGCAGAUGAUGAGGCUAAGAAGAAGAAAGUUUUGUCCAACAUGGGAGCCAAUUUUGGUGGCUUCCUCACUAAGGCGGAGCAGAGACGAGGGAAGCGUUUGACUGGGAGGGAAAUCAAGCGGAAAACUUUAUCAGAAAGACGAACAGCUCUUGGCAUUGACAAUUUGAGAGAGGACGGACUGCGGCAGCGGGCGCAGGAGAUGUGGGAGUGGAUUUAUCAGCUGGAGUCAGAGAAGUUUGACUUAAUGGAUCAGAUGAAGAGGCAGAAGUACGAGAUUGUGGUCCUGCUCAACAGGAUUUCACACGCCCAAAAGUUCAAAAAGGUCCAUGGAAAGGGAAAAGUGGGAGGUCGCUGGAAAUAAACUGACUUGUUCAUAUAAAGCAGAAGUUAAAAAACAGAUGAAGAAAAAACAGAAAUGAAAUUAGACAUGAAAUGGAAUGAAAAAACCUCUUCCUCUUCACUCAUUCACAGAAUCUGCACUCGUCUUUAAUGUCCAGAAGGAAGUCUUCAGAAUAAAAACAUUCUCUAAUCUA